UGAACGUUUAUAUUAACUGCCUAAGCGGUCUGCUCUCAAAAAACAACACAGCGAACCUACCUGUGUAUACCAACGCUUUGCUGAACGUUAAAGAAACGUACAUUUCAGAAAGGUUAUUUUCCGGCUAGUUGAAUCUUGGAAAUCUGCUUCUGAACAAUGGCGUUGGCCAAGCCAAAGAGUGAACUUACAUCCGAGGAGCUAGCUAAGCGAGAGGAAGAAGAAUUCAACACCGGUCCUUUAUCUGUGCUUACUCAGUCUGUCAAAAACAACACACAAGUUCUCAUCAAUUGUAGAAACAACAAGAAACUUCUUGGUAGAGUUAAGGCUUUUGACAGACAUUGUAACAUGGUUCUGGAAAAUGUAAAGGAAAUGUGGACAGAAGUUCCAAAAUCUGGCAAAGGCAAGAAGAAAUCUAAACCAGUAAACAAAGAUCGCUACAUUUCAAAGAUGUUUCUGCGGGGAGACAGUGUCAUUCUUGUGCUCAGGAAUCCAUUGGCAACUGCCAAGUAGUGAAAAGGACUAAAAGACUUUUAUUCAACUUGAAGGGAUGCGUUUCUUACUUAGUACAGAAAAGACUCAUUUCUGUUGUACUAUAGGAUUUAAGCAAGCUGGAGUAAUGCAGCUUUGAAUUCUAUAGGUACUGACUUGAUAUUCGGAAUUAAGUGUUGGAUCGCCGCUCAAAGGCUAGCAGCGAAAGAAGCUGUCACAGGUGGCAUCGUCUGGUGAUAAGCUAAUAUUUAAUGCAGAAUAUGCAGUACAAAAAGAGAUCAGUAACAAAUUUGAUGCAUUAAAACAAUGCAUUAAUCACAAGUAAAAAUGAAUAAAGUCAUUUUAACUUCCUUCAUUGUUUAAAAGGGUUUUUACAAACUGUUUCACUUGUACUAAUAUUUUUUUGUUUGUUUAUUGAUUAAUGAUUGUCUCAGAAAUCACACCCCCCCCCCCCCUUUCCACCUUGUAAAAAACACACAAUUGAGACAUUUGUGUAUAUAUGUGUUUUGGAAAUUUCUCCUAUCAUUUUUGUUUGCAUCGAUACCUGAAUAAAAUGCCAUGUUUGUACAGUUUUUAUUGACAAGUCAUUAUUGGAUGAAAAAACAUGUUAGCUAAAGGUAUUUGUAUUGAAUAAAUUGUGUAAUGUACAGUA